CUCCGACAAAAACAAGGGCUGGACUCCGGUGAGAGGAGCAGUGUGUCGCUUUAAGCACAGGCUCUUCAUUUCAAACAUUUUCUGCACAAAGAGAAAGAGAGAGAGACGGAGCGAGAGACGCACAAUCCUGAAGCAUGUUUUUUUCACGCUGCACAUUGUUUUUCUCUGUGCACAUUUUGUUCCGCGGUGUUGCGUUUGCGGACAGCAGCGCAUCCAGUGGCCAUCAGAACGAGUGUGUGAGUUCUAACUCAGUGGACUACAGAGGAGAACAAAGGAGCUCCUCCUCGGGUCUGACCUGUUUGAUCUGGACCAACGCCACAAGAGACUAUGACGUCACAAGCCAUCCGGACUCAGAAACAGGUGUUGGAGAUCACAGCUACUGCAGAAACCCAGACUCCUCUGACAAGCUUUGGUGCUACGUUGUCGAUACAGACGGGACGAUCCGGAGACAGUUCUGUGCUGUGGACUUAUGCAAAGAACAACCUCCAACUGUGGAAGUCGCUGCUGACUCACUUAGUCCCACAGUCAUGGUUUCACUGGGGACCUUAGAGCCGGCGAAGUCUGGAGCUUCUGUGGAAAAAGCUGCCGUUGUACAGCCUGUUCUGGGAAUCAGUCAGCGAGUGCACACACCACCCAAACGCAAAAAGGACCUCGGCAUUGUCGGUUACGUGAUUGGCAGUUUCAUGAUAGCUGUUAUAAUCAUCCUGGGAGUCGGUAUCACAAUCGGCUACUUCUAUAAGAGGGGCCGAGACUUAAAAAAGCAGCAUGAGCAGAUGGUGUAUGAGCGGGAGAUGCAGAGAAUCACCCUGCCGAUGUCUGCUUUCUCCAACCCCACCUGCGAGCUGGUCGACGAGAACACCAUCGUAAUCACAGCUGAGGAAGAAGCAUCCCCUGUGCAGGAGGGAGCAGAGGGUGCGGACCCCCUCAUGGGCCAACAGGCCGGAACUCCAGGAGCAUGAGAAGUCGUGCAGCUGCUUCAAGACAAGGAUUAUCUGUAAUUGGACCAAAGCAUUCCAGUCUUCUUUCCAGCUCCUUGAAUAGCCUUUGUUUUAAAAGGUGUAAGCUGAGCAGUGUUCUUUACGUCCCCUUUGCUUUACACAUCUAUGGUUUUACAUGUCACACACAGCAGAUAUGGGUGAGGGUGUUCAUUACAACUGGAAACCAUUGGUUGAAGGUUGAUACAAUGGUUUUUAACAUCCUUAUUUGAUAAGCUGAACAUGUGGAUGUACUAUGUCAUAGCAGUACGAGAAUUUAUAAACGCAACAAAAGUAGUUCUUGGUCGGCAGAUGUGUUUGGUAAAAGGAAAAAGUCAGAACCUUUUGGCUGUUUUGUUUUUGGUUUGAUUCACAGAAGGUGUGGGUUAUAUACAGAAUAGUUCCACUUGUACUCAGAGGCUGGGCCGAGUAAAACAGACGAGAUGCACACAUCAUAAUCAAGACUACUGUGACCACAAAAGUCUCCUCUGCCACAGGAUGAAGGAAGAUGAAGUAAAUCAGGCCCACUAAAGAGGAGGGAACGCCUCCGAAACUGCCGUAGUAUGAUUCUUCAGAAUGCAGCCAAUUCAAUUUUUCAUUUAAUCGUCAACAGGCCAAUGCAAUCAUCGAGUGCGUUGGUGGGCGCUUUUCUUCCACAGGUUAAGGAGUGACAGGAACACAGAGUGCUCUCAGGAAGCAGAGAUGGUUAGUCCUCAGGACAAAAAAGCACUGCCACAACACGGGUCAGAAAGCAGGACAGGCCUGAGGUCUGCUUUUGCACAACUGCGUUUUGAAACACUGACACACUUGGGUGCCUCGAUUACAUCCACACAUUUGAGCUACAUACUUAUAACUCCUUAAAUGAAAACCGGAUUAGAAACAGUCCAAAGUUUAAUCUUGUACAAACAUGAACGCAUGCAGUUACCUGCUGUAUUUGCUUGUGGUGUCAAAGAUAUGUCUGAAUAUAGAUGUCUUUGAAAAAAUUGUAGCUGAAUGCAACAUUGUUUCUUGUUCCAUGUAAUCUUACUGUCGUUAUUUUGAGACUGUGCUUAUUUUUUUCUUUGUAUAAGCUGUGUCCAUCACUUGUUUGAAUAUUUGUAUGAUUAGCAGAUUGUUGCUGCUAAGACUGAAAUAAAACACUUUUUGUAGAAG